CUGGAGCAAUUGGAGCACUUGCCUGAUCAAACCACUGCUCUGCAUUCACACAUUUCUCAAAUUUAUCCUUCGAUUCGAGGGGUGAAGAGGGAAGCAGGCACAACCAAGCACAAGUGCUUUGAUAAGAUUGGAUCAGCCGUGCGCAGGCGUUAGUCACUGCAGGUUCAGUUGCCCCGGUUUAGUACUCGUUUUCCUCGAUAUCGUGCCGGACAACAACCACGAGUCAGUGAGUUGGACACCAUCGAGUGGUAAAUACAGGAAAAAAUUUAAAUCGAAUCGGAAAGUGCCGAACAUCACUGGAAAAUCAUUUCGGAUAAGGGGAUCUUCAAAUGGGAAUGAGGAGAGGUCGUCUACGGGUUUAAGGUGCUCUGGAGACGUCCAACAAUUGUCUCUGUUGAACCGAAUUGACCGUUGGCUAUCAAUUGACUGCAAUUGAGAAGAGGGAGAGGAAGAAUUCUAGUGAUUAAUGGUGAGAUGGCAUUCGGAGAGAGGAGUGUUGGCUCUGCUCAGGAGGAGAUGAUCCAGAAGGAUCGUCUCGAGGUGGAGAUGGGAGACAAGACGGUCAAUGGACACGCUACGAGGAGAAAAAAUGGACAUAUCAAGAGGGACGAAAGCGAAAGACCGAAAACACGAACAGAGGAGCCUCCGAGAGCGAGAGAAUCGUUCGAAGAACCGUCACUGAUUACUCUCGCCUUAACUCAUCUCGGUUUUUACAUUCUCAUGCUCUUGGGAAUCAUCAAUAAGCUGUUGUUCACGCCGCAAGUGGCCAAGGAACAGAACAGAAAGGGUUAUCCACCACUUUAUGAUGCCUUCGACACAUUCUACUUGAGAUACGUUUACAGACGAGUCAGGGACUGUUGGAACAGGCCUAUUUGCUCGGUACCAGGGGCAAUGGUCACUCUGAAGGAUAGAGUCACUCACGACCACGGUUGGACAUUCCAAUUCACAGGGACUCAAACCCCCUGUAUCAAUCUGGGAUCCUACAAUUACUUGGGAUUCGCAGAAGCCACUGGACCCUGUGCUGAUCAGAGCAUUGAUGCUCUCAGGAAGCAUGGGCUCUCUACUUGUAGCACACGUCUUGAACUUGGUACCAUGCCAAUACAUUUAGAAUUGGAAUGUCUGACUGCCAGAUUUCUGCGAGUUGAGGAUGCAAUUGUGUUUGGCAUGGGUUUCGCAACGAAUGCACUGAACCUUCCGUCUCUAGCCACGUCUGGUUGUCUUGUACUGAGUGACAUCAAGAAUCACGCAUCACUAAUCUUGGGAUUGAGACUCUCAGGAGCUGUCACCAGAGUUUUUCGUCACAAUGACGUUCACCACCUCGAAGAAUGCCUGAGAGAGGCUAUCGCCAAGGGCCAGCCGAAGACUGGGGAACCCUGGAAAAAAAUCAUCAUCGUCGUCGAGGGAAUUUACUCGAUGGAAGGCUCUGUAGUUCACCUCCCGGAGAUGAUGGAGCUCAAGAAGAAGUAUAAGGCGUAUCUGUAUCUGGACGAGGCUCAUAGCACUGGGGCCAUGGGGAGAAAUGGGAGAGGAAUAUGUGAUUACUAUGGAAUUGAUCCUAAGGAGAUAGACAUUCUCAUGGGGACCUUCACCAAGAGCUUUGGCUCUGCUGGUGGCUACAUUGCUGGCUCCAAGGCCCUCAUUAAUCAUUUACGAGUGCACAGUCAUGCCCACAGCUAUGCGGUGUCAAUGUCACCACCCAUUGCCCAACAAAUUAUCACAUCGAUGACAAUUAUCAUGGGUGAGGAUGGCACAGAUGCUGGUAAAAUUCGUACGAAACAAUUAGCGAGAAAUACGAGGUAUUUUCGGCGCAAACUUCACCAGAUGGGGGUCAUUGUUCUGGGGCACGAGCACUCGCCAGUCAUUCCGAUGAUGGUGUACCUAUACUCAAAAAUUGGACUCGUUGUGCGCACCUUCACAACGAAUAAAAUUGCUGCUGUGGGGGUGGGAUUCCCCGCGACACCCCUCAUGGCUGGGAGAAUACGUUUCUGCAUAUCAGCAGCCCAUACCAAGGAACAACUCGACUAUGUUAUCAAGAAUGUCGAGGAAUUGGCGGAUCACAUUGGGCUGAAGUACUCGAGAAGGCCUAGGGACCCUAAGCCUAUUGAGUAUUAUUCUGAUGAUGAAUCAGAAUAGAGUAAUUGUGGACGAAACUGUGAUUAGAAAAUGAGUCUUGGGAAUUUAUGGGAUGGGGGAGAUGUCUAGACAUUUUUUAAGGAUUAAAUUUCCCAAUGGAAAUUUCUUGGCAUUUUCCCUCUCUAACCUGUGGUAUGAAUGGUCAUAUCGAAGGAUAAAUGGAGUAAAUUGACAAGAAUAUCGAGAAACCUGCUAAUCAUAUCCUAUCCCUCUUGAUUAUUAUCCUGACGACGAGUCAGGAAGAGGGAAUUUUUGACGAAAUUUUAUUCAUUGAAAGACGAUUUUUGGGGAUUUAUUCGGUUGCGGAGGGGUAAAAUGGUGAAACAUUUUGGGGAAGCGGUUAAUACCGCUUUUAGGAAGAAAUAACUUCCUCUCAAAAAGGUUCUUGGAUGUUUCUCUUUGAGCCUCUUUGGGACAACAGGUUUCGCGUAGGCAAUAACAUAGAUUAUAACAACGAAAAAUCAACUUCAUCUAUUCACGCCUUAGACAUAUACAUGAGCAGAUUUUCUUGGUAAUCAGGAGCAAUCAUUCAUGAAGGAUUGAGUAGAGAAGUGAUAAAAAUGAAUAUAAGCCGACGUUCAGUUUCUGAAUUAUUCACAAACUUUAUCACUUCACUAUCGAAAAAAUUCUGGUACAUUCACUGCCUCUCCAUCCUUUAGUUUUAACUCAUGUCUAAAUUAUCACAGUCUCAAUACGCAAUUCUUUCAAUGAUCAUUUUAAAAAUUACGUUUUUUAUGCAUGCUAAUUAAGGACUAAGCUCACUCCAGAAUGAUAAUGGAAGGGCGAUUAGUAGAUAAGUUAGUGGACUGUUUGACCAAGGGGAUGAAGAUUCCAUUAAAAGCUUCAGCCCUUUGAGAUGAGGGUCAUAAGGAGCAAUGGAACAAAUCACAUUUCAUAUACCUCACAGCAGAAUGAGAUAAUGAACUUGACAAAUAACGAGCAGAAGACGAAGUUAGAUUCAGAAAAUAGCGAACUAAGACAGGAAGAAUUAAUUUAUGUCAUUGCAUUUUUUUGACGAAGCAUUUGGUCAUGAUUGAGUGUUCAGAAUAACUUUUUUGAUUGACAAAUUAAUUUUUCCUGUUUUCAAAAUCUAUUGAUGAAUUGAUAUCAUCCUUAGGACAUUGGCAGUCUCAUUAGUAUCUUCGAGAAUUGAAGAUUUGGCACAAAUGCUGUAGUACAAAGUAAUCGAGAGAAAAGUGCUAAUAUCGUUGAAGCUUAUUGGGGCAUUAACAGAUUUAUCAGUGUCUCGUUAUCUAAUUGUAACUCAAGUAUUAGCCUUCAACUGUGCUUUCUAAUUCAGUUGCAGAAAAUAAGUUAGUUUAAGGCCUAGAGUGCUCAAGCAAGCUUUUGUUCCAGAAGAUUAUUCUGUCAGUCGUUCAAAAUUCAUUUAUUUCUGCGAAUUUUUCUCAGAAUUCAAUUAAUCACAAGGAAAUUUCUCAAAUGUUUCCAUUCUAUAUUCUUCUGAAAUUUCCUCAGCUUUUCCAUGAAUAAUCGACAUUCUCUCUCUACCUUUUUCUAGGAUAAAUGCACACUCCAAUCAAGUCCAUAAAUUAAAUAUAAAAAAUCAUCCGUCAGCACUUCGCAUUCCCACAAUUUAUUUUUGUAAAAACGGUAGGAAACAGAGAUUUAUAGUAUUUCCAUACGAUUAUUUAUUAUAACAUUACCAUAAUCAAAUAAAUGAACCUGACAACAUCUA